CUACAAUGUAUCCUUGACAGAGAAAUCUGCUGGAUGUGUCGGAUCUGUACACGCCGCCAUUUCAAAGCGGACGGGGUAUAAGCGUAGUCUGAUUUCUAUUUUUUUGUUUUUCUUAUAUUUAUUUUACUGAUUAUUUCGUACAGAAAGCCUUAUUUUAAUUCUGCUGUCUCAUCGCCUUGGGAACUUUUAGUUCUUUCAGUGAGAUGGAUGGUGACACAGAGCAUGUGAUGGAGCCCAAAGAGAAGCUCCAGGUUUCCACAGAAGAGGAUAUAUCAGACAACAAGGCCAGGGGAAGAGGGUUUAAGGGGCAUGGUCGAGGGGGCCGGUUAGGACGAGGUGGACGUGGUGGGAGGGGCAUGAUGAUGAAAGGAUAUGGCCCUCAAGGGCGGGGCAGGGGUAGAGGCAGAGAUGGGGCCAUGAAUGGGUUUGGACCUGGAAGAAGAGGAAUGGGGAGGAUGCGUCCCUACCCUAACCUUCGUGGCCCUCGAGGUGGCAUGGGUGGGCCUAUGGGAAUGGGUCCACCCCCUCCACCACCACCACCACCACCACCAAUGCACAUGAGAGGACCCUAUCCACCUAUGCACAGGCACGGCCCCCCUCCACCACCACCCCCAGGACACCCUGGCUUUAGGGGACGCCCUCCACACCCUCGUGGUAGAGGGAUGCACCCUGGCCCACACCGACCCUUCCACCCCAGAGGGGUAAUAUAGUCACCCUUUCGAAGCCAGCAGGAGACGGCCGCUGACCCCCCCUCCCCCCAAGAAGCAUGCAGUGGGCCCCGCGGCCAAGGUGAGCUUUUCAUCACUCUGAAUGACUUUACAGCACUCUGACUUGCUUUGCAGCACUCUCUUGCUUUACAGCACUCUCCAAUGCCAGGUAGGAAAUGAGUUACAGGGGAGGUGAGGGAGCCAGAAAUGCAUUUUAUUAUCUCAUCCCUCAUUUUAUUAUCUUAUCUCAUAUCUCAUGUUGUGCUGAAACAUUUCCCUCUUACAGCUGAUCAGGUGGGGGAAUCAUAAUGGGGAAAAGUGAAUAAAACUGCCAAGCCUUUAUACUAAUACACAAUUAACUUCAUUACCAGUGGUCAUUCAUUAGCUUGUUACUGACAAGAAAUGCAGGUGUGACCAUUGUUUCUCUUUGAUUGUCAAUGGUAGGCACCAUGUUUUGCCAUUUGAAGUGGCAAAACACAUUCGUAAAUAAGAGACAGUUGACCCCCUCGUCUGAACUCCACAUUUGCUGAAUGUACAAACAAAACUCUCCAUUCUCCAUCCUACUCUGACUUAGAGAGUGAACGUACCAUCUCCUUCGCCUUUUUUUCUUAUUUUGCAUAGCUAGAUAAACUAAAGCCAUUUUAAACACUUCAAACGUUAUGAUUGCUGCCUCAUAAUUAUUCUGAAUUAUUCACGCCCCAGCGGCAUGGAGUGACUUUAAACGGUGCGGUGUUCUCACUGGGUAUACCGACAACAGUGUUCGUGCACAUGUUCGCCGGUGGUACUCAAUCCUGAAGUUCUUUCUUCUUACUGAGUAUACUGCCAGCUUUAGGGUAAUAGGGCCCAAUGUGAUCUUCUCAUGGGACCCAAAAUGACUGUUGGCACCCCUGCAAUGGAUUAAUACAAAAGUCUAGUCUUCCUAAGUAUAGAGUCAAAGGCAACUGCAUAACUCAGUAUCGUCAGUGCCUCAUAAAUAUAUCCAAUUCAUAUACCUUCAUUGCUUAAUGUUAAUUUGUUACAGGUAAGCAGUACCAUUAGUGAGUAGUAGAUUCAAAAUUAGAGAGACUGUUUAAGAAGUUGGGUUGUUUAACAAGAGGUUUGACAAAACCAUAUUGAAUAUGCCAAUCAGUUCUCUUAGUGUAUGAACAAUCAGGAAAUCCUGUCAGUUUAUUGGAAAGUAGCACCAAGCAAUGAAUGUUACAGUAAAUAGGCAAAACAGAUGGCCUAGUAAACAAACAAUGGAUGGCUUAGCAGUUAUUAAUAGUUUCUCCUACUUUAUUAGCGACAAGAAACAUUCAAAAUUGAAAGCUGGUGAAUUCUAUUUUCAUUUACAUUGUUGUUUAAAUUGGAUACUUGCUGGCAUGUUGAAAUUUCCUGUGACAAUAUUUCUCAGGUUUAGAAAAUGUGAGAAAGCAUGUGUAUGUACAGCUUUCAGUAGGAAGUGACAACACACAUGUACAAGGAAUUGAAGGUAUACUGUACAUUCCUUCCAAUUCUUUACUUAAUUCUUUAAAUUAUAAUACCUCAUAAAACUAUUAUUAUUAAUAAUUUUACAUUUACAUUACAGGCAUUUGUACAGAGCGACUUACACAACAUUUACAUUGCAUUGUACACUUACAUUAUACAGCUGGAUAUAUAUUGAAGCAAUGCAGGUUACGCACCUUGCUGAAGGGAACAACAGCAGUGUCCUUCCUAGGAAUCGAACCUGUGAUCUUUAAGUUAAGACCAGGCCCUUACCCAUUAUACUGCACUGCUGCCCCGCCACUGCCGACUUUACAUUUCAAGUAUUAAGUGAGUGUGAGAAAGACUCCAUACUAUGAGUGAUUACAUUAUUUUAAACCUCAUUUUAUUUUUGUUUUUGAGAAAACAUAAAAGGGGAAGUGGCAAAGGUGGGCGGGGAAUUUUUUAAAUUUAUUUUGAGCUAACAAGUGCUUCUCAGCCUGACUGUCAGAUACUUUGUAAGACACCUUUUUCAAAGAUGACUUACAAAGAAUUAGUUAAUCAGUAUAUAAUAGUAAAUUAAAUACUGAAUAACAUUUUUUCACAUUAAGAAUGUAGAAUAUUUCAUUCUUUGUUCUACAGUUACUGAACAAUUUCUUCUCUGCUCACAAGCAUAUUUAUCUGGAUUAUUACUUAUGAAUAUGAUUCAAAACACAAAAAGAGAUGGCAUACAGCAAAAUUGAGUUUUACAGUAAUAAAAAUUUGUCUUUGUUAACAGAUCGUGAAAAAAAGGAUUCUCAAAAAGGGAUUAAUGCUUGACAUUUCAUUUUCAGGUGUGAGUCAUUUUGAUUAAGUAAGGUAGCAGCUUCAGUAGACUAUGAAUACCAUGGCAAGGAUGUGCAUGCAUGUCAAAACCAUAAUAUAAUCAGUGCAGCACGAAUGAGCAUUCUAAUUAUACUUGAGCUCUCUGAAUGUGGAAUGCUGGAGUUGUAAGCACACAGAAGCACCACAUUUAAAUCGAGGAAGCUUUGACUACAUAUUCUUUAAUGCUUUGUACCGGUCUCUGAGCUUCAAUAAAAAAAGCAUAUCCUUAA